GGGGGAGAGGCGGCGGCGGCAGAGGUUGGUGUUGGUGCCGCUGCGCAGACCGAUUAUACCGAGCGAGUGCGGCGGUAGCGGAAGACCGAGCGGGCCCGGCCCGGGGGAGCGCGCCGGCCUCCUCCUCCUUUCCUUCCCUGUUUCAACCGCUGCGGCCGACGCGAUGUCGCCGCGCUGAGCCGAACCCGAGCGAGGCAGGCGGUGACACCCGCCUCAGCAGCAGUGAAGCAUGCGAGACCUAACAGCUCACGUAACUAGCAGUCUGCUGCAGUUUCCAGAGGUGACUGUACAAGCUCUGGGAGAGGAUGAGAUAACAAUAGACUGCGUACUUCAUGGGAAAUUCACUGGAGGACGAAGUGGUCUGGCUUGCUUAGCAUGUGGGUCUCAACUUGAGGUAGUAAAUGCUGUCAAUGGAGAACGGUUAUCUGCAUAUCGUUUCAGUGGAUUGAAUGAGCAGCCUCCCACUAUCCUUGCAGUGAAGGAAUUUUCAUGGCAGAGGAGAACUGGACUACUGAUUGGCUUGGAAGAAACUGAAGGGAGUGUUCUUUGUUUAUAUGACCUUGGAAUAUCAAGAGUGGUUAAAGCUGUUGUUCUUCCUGGAAGGGUCACUGCUAUAGAACCCAUAAUUAACCAUGGAGGAGCUAGCUUGACAACCCAACACUUACACCAGAGUCUCAGGUGGCUGUUUGGUGUGGCUGCUGUGGUUACAGAUGUUGGACAUGUUCUCUUGAUAGAUCUUUGUCUGGACGAUUUGUCAUGUAGCCAAAAUGAAAUAGAGGCAUCAGAUCUAGAAGUUAUUACUGGAAUUCUUCCUGAAAUCCCCAAAAUAAGGGAGUCUGUGACAAGGAAAAGUCGACAUCUUUGUUUCCAAUUAUUAAGCCCCUCAGGAAUUGCUGUGACAACUCUUUCAUACAUACACAGAAGUAACCAGUUAGUAGUGGGGUUUUCUGAUGGAUAUCUUUCACUGUGGAACAUGAAAAGCUUGAAGAAAGAAUACCACUCACAGUUAGAAGGAGGUAGAAUUCCUGUAUAUGCUGUUACUUUUCAAGAGCCUGAAAAUGAUCCUCGCAAUUGUUGUUACUUAUGGGCUGUUCAGUCAACACAAGAAAGUGAAGGGGAUAUUGUUAGUUUGCAUCUACUGCAGUUGGCCUUCAGUGACAGACGACGCCUGGCAUCAGGACAAGUAAUGUACGAGGGGUUGGAGUACUGCGAAGAAAGAUACAGUUUAGACCUCACUGGUGGAGUUUUUUCCUUAAGAGGACAGACCAGCAACACCAAAUUAAUUGGUUGUCAAACUGUAGAAAAAUUCCGAAGCCAUGUUGACAGAGAGGAUAGCAUUAAUGAAAUCAUAUCACCAGACACAAGUGUGUCUGUCUUCAGCUGGCAAGUGAACACCUAUGGUCAAGGCAAACCAAAUACAUAUCUGGGCAUUUUUGACAUAAAUCGUUGGUAUCAUGCUCAAAUGCCAGAUUCGUUAAGGCCAGGGGAAUUUCUGCACAAUUGCCCCUAUUUUGCAUUGUGGUCCUUAGAUGCUGUAGUGAACAUGACAUCUCCACAUCGCAUCUUAGAUGUCUUGGUACAUGAACGAAGCUUUAGUCGUGGUGUGCCUCCUUCAUGUCCUCCACCUGAACAGUUUUUCAAUCCAAGUACAUACAGUUUUGAUGCCACUUGUUUGCUGAACUCUGGAGUUGUUCAUGUGACCUGCACAGGGUUUCAAAAGGAUACCUUACAUUUCUUAAAGAAACCUGCUUGUUCAUUAAAUGAAGCUAUUCCUGAUGGUUAUAAUAGAUGCCUUGUAGCUGGUUUGCUUUCUCCGCGGUUUAUUGAUGUGCAGCCUUCAAGUCUGAGUCAGGAAGAGCAGUUUGAAGCUGUACUGUUAGCCGCUGUCCAAACCAGUUCUCUGGGACUCCUCAUCAGCUGCAUCAAACAGUGGAGUGCGGAAGAGCAACCAGAUUCUUCACCUAACUUGCGUUUUGUUCUUGAAUGGACAUGGAACAAAGUGGUGAAUACAAAGGAAGACUUCAUUCGUCUGUGUGUCCCAUUGUUUGAUGGAUCAUCAAACUUUAUUGGCCCACAUACUCUACAGUCUCUGCAGCAUUGCGAGUUGCUCCUUAAUAACCUCAGCACAGUUUUGAACUGUUUUGUAAUGGAAACUCAAGAACUGACAGAACAAGGCUUUACAGAUCUAACAAAUAAGCAGGUUGUAACUGGUCUCCUUCUACAGUAUGUGCAGGUGGUGAUCUGGUUUUGUCGAUCGAGUCUUCUUCCAGAAAGCUUAGAUGAAGAUAUGCAGUUGUCCAAACCUUUUUAUAAUUACCAACAUAUACAAUGCUUUUAUGCUAGUUGUCGUCAGAAACUGGAACGCUUAUCAAGAGGCAAAUGGAACCCUGAUUGUUUAAUGAUUGAUGGACUAAUUUCUCAGCUAGGUGACUUGGUUGUGAAGUUGUGGCAGAGAGAUGGUGGAGGAACAGGGAAAUAUCCUCCUCCUUCGCUACAUGCACUACUUGAUCUCUACUUAUCAGAAAAUAUUGACGAACUCUACAAGCAUGCCAUUACAAUUUAUUUGCUAUUGGACAUCAUGCAUUCCUGCCCAAACAGGGAUGAUAGUUCUGUGGACUCAUUUCCAACUGCUUUUGCAGUCCCUGUAGGUCUUGUUAACUUAAUUCAAGGUUUCUGGUGUUUGGAUCACAAUGACUACGAGAAUUCUCUGGCCUAUCUGUUCCAUCCAGCUACAGUCAGAUUACCUUGGCAACACAUAAGGAUAAUUCAAUCCUUGAUGUCCCAAGGAGAGCACAAGCGAGCCCUCCGAUACAUACAAACAAUGAAACCAUCCAUGUUGAGCAACAGUGAAGUUGCCCUUCACAUUACUGUCUUACUGUUUAACAGCUGUAUGGUGGAAGCUUGGAGUGUGUUGAGGCAACAUUCUACUCGAUUAAAUGUGGAGGAGAUGCUCAGACAUAUAUAUGAAACCUGUCAAGAAUUAGGCCUCAUGGAAGAUCUACUAAAACUACCAUUCACAGAAACUGAACAGGAGUGCCUAGAAAAGUUCUUGCAGACAAGCACCGGUGUUAACAACCAUGAGUUCCUCUUAAUCCAUCAUCUUCAGCGUGCAAACUACAUUCCUGCCUUGCAGCUGAAUCAGUCACUGAAGAAUAAUCUCAUGCAUGAUCGCAAUCCUCAUUGGAGAGAGAGAUCUGUUGUCAGAAACUCUAUAUUAGACCAGUAUGGAAAAGUUCUACCCAGAGUGCAAAGGAAGCUAGCUGUAGAGCGAGCCAAGCCUUACCACAUACCAUCUUCACUACGGCGGGAAAUUCUAAGACCAAAACCAUUAUCAACUGUUGCAAAGCAAGCUGCUCCAGGAAAUGUGGUGACAAAAUCAACUUUCAUAAAUAAUGUACUGUCCAAAAUUGGAGAGGUGUGGGAAGAAACAGAACAGAAAAAUAAACCAUUUCAGAGUGAUAUCACUGAGGAACAGCCAUCUAACUCAUUGUGCAAUGACAGAGAGUUGCCAAAUCCAUUUGUGGGGACACCCGUUACUAAAUCACUAGGAAAAUGUUCCAGAUUGCUCGACUUGGUGGUCCAGCCUAUUUCUCUUGAUUCACCACCCUUUCGGAGUAGCCUGCAGGUGUCACCAACAGCUUCUGCUUCAAGUGUGCUUUCUAGUCCAUUGCAUUUCAACCCUCAAUGGUCCUUAAGAGCAUUACUGCAUAAGAAUGUCAAAAGAGCACCGGAAUUAGCAUUAUUGGAAACACCGAAUAUUGUCAAGAGAGCUAAAGCUUUGACAUCCGCAUCUUCCUAUGGGUUCCCUGCCUUUACACCUCAAUCUAUUUUGAGGAGUAAAGGCACUACACCUUUAGCUACUCCAACUGCAUCUCCAGGAAGAUCUGUUACACCCCCUUUGCGGACAAAAGAAACAAAAAUAUCAUUUAUGGAAGAAAACAAAAUUUCGCAAUGGACUGCUGAAAUGGCAGAUGAUAAAGCAAAACAGACUGCAGGUUUAUCUGAAUUUAAUAUUAACACUCAAAUGGAGAAUAUCUGGACCAAAAAUAGAAAAGCUCCAUCCUUUUCGGUAUGCAGUCUUCAAAAAGACCAUGAAGAAGUUGAGCUAUCAUCAAAAAGCAUACCAGACAAACAUUUGAAUACAACUGAGGACUCCAAGGAAACUCAUGACACUUGUGUUGAUUCAUCUGAAACUAUUACAGAGUAUCAUGAUACAGAAUCACCAGUUGACUUGGGAAAUGAUACUUUUGCAGCCUCUCAGUCAGUUCACUGUAUUUCUGAAGACCUUGUAAAUAUGCAGCAAUCAGCUGUAAGAGAAACCAGUGGGAUUGUUAGGAGUGAUCUUUUGCAAAUAGAACACCAAAUAUCUGCAGAGAAAGAGCAAUCAGCUGGUGAACAAGAAACAGCAUUUCCCGAAAAGGAGGACAAGGAUUAUGGCUCACUUCCGGAGAAUAGAGUAGUAGUGAUGGAUGAUUUAAAUGCUUUCCAAGACACUAAUGUGUCCUUUGGGCCACCUAAUGGAAGUGAAAGUAAUGCAGUAGAAUCCAGUGCGCCAUCGUUGCUGGAAGACAGACUCCUUUCUGAACCUAGAACCCAAGCCUUGGAACCAAUAGGAACAGAUGCUGAAUCUGUCAUCAGUAUUCCUGAUAGUGAAGAAGAUAUUGUCAGUAUUCAUUCCAAAAAUGAAUUUGAAAGAGAGUCAGAUGCAAACAGGUCUGCAGAAGCUGUUAGAGAGGAAACUAUAUUAGUCCUGCAAGAAGUGACACCUGACACUCAACUUCAAAUGCAGGAAGUAAAUCUUAUUGCAGAUGGAAAACGCAAGGAACAGAUUUCAGAAGUUGUAGUGGAGACAUGCCCGCACAGUGAGCUGAGUGCCUCAAGCGGUCCCAAAUUAGAGUACAGUUGUGCCAUUGUAGAGGAACGUGUCACAUGUGAAUUACUUGAUAAAGAGACUGAUGAAUCUUUCUUUGCUGAAGGAGACGAAGGAGAGAUUCUUGUGCCACAGAACAACUUCUCCUUAAUAUUAGAAGAAGAUAAAGAACCUGAGAUAGGAGAGUCCACUGUGUUGGAAACUUCUCUACUUAAAUCCACUGAUCCAGACCCAGAAAGUGUGUCCCUGAAUGUAACUGGAAAUAACAAUGAAGAACUCGUUACAAAUUCAGUUUCCACAGUAACUAGCAGUCAAAUAACUCAGAAUACAGCUGAAGUUUUGCCAUAUGUACCUGAACCUGUUCAGAUGGCAAUUGCUGAAAACCUGUUAGAUGUAGUAAAAGACACAAGAAGUAAAGAAGUUUCAGCUGAAGUUGUGGAACAGUCUUUUCCUGAAAACAUAAACAAGAAGGUAUUAAUUUCCCACCAGGCUCCUCUAGAAAAUAUAGUUGAAAUGAACAAUGAUACAAAAGUAAGUCAAGUUGAACAUUUUGUUACAUCUGGUAGCUUCACAGCAGAUCAGGCAACACAAAAACCAAAUGUCUCAUUAUCUGAUGAUCAGUCAUUGUCAAAGAAGGAUAAACCAGAAAUGUUGAUGCUCUCCACUCCAAGGAGAAGUGCUAGACUAAUAAAAGAGACUUCUGAGGUAUUAGAAGUCAUUCUUGAUGGCAAACAUCAAGAACAAGAGACAUUCCAGUCUCUUGCUUUUCCAGUCAAAGAUGACCGGAAAACAGAUAUAUCAGCAAAUGUAUCUCCUGUUGCAGAGGAGUUUCAGGCAACAAUUACUCCAAGAAGAGGGGUUAAAAAUCCAAAAAAGCUUUUAUCAGACCUUAAUGAACACCCAAGUGAGCGACCAUCUACUCGUAGGAGGACUUCAAGAAUUACAAGAAGCUUGAUAGGGGAGCAGGAAGGUAGUCAGUUUGUCAUUGACCACACAAUCCAAAUGACAGUCAAUCCUAAAAGUGCAAAGAAGCUAAAAACUAUUGCUUUUCACCUAGCAGAAGAUGUAAUUUCUGAUCAGGAAGUAGAACUCCACAAAGAGCAGCUGACUGUCAAACCUAGAAGAGGAAAGCCAAGAAAACAUGGUGGUCUGAAAGAACUUAAGUCCGAGACAGAAACGAAAGCUGGAAAGCUGCCAUUGCCUACUCCAAGUAGAAAGGGUAAUGCCAGAAAGUCUAGUUUACGUAAAGCAAUUUUGGAAGAUGAUGUACAGCCAACUGUGCCACAGACACUUGUGCCCACUAAACUAGAGGGAGCACAAAACACAAAUGUCUCAGAAAGUGUUCCUGAUCGAGGCAUGGAGCUUGUUGAGCAGUCAACAGUACGGCGUAAAAGAGGCAGACCAAGAAAGAAUUCUUUGGAUGUUUCAGCAAAUACACAGCUGGAUUUGUCUCUGUCAUCACAUCCACUUCAAAUGGAUACCAGAACAUCAGUCACUACUAGAAGUAGUAGUAGAAAUAAACCAUUAAAUCUAUCUUCAGGUGUGGGAUCUUUACCUCCUCUAGAAGAGUCCACAGUGCACACCACAAAGAAAAAAUCUGCAAAAACAGAUGCAGAUAAAACGGUUAUAGAAGAACGUUAUCUCCAGGCAAAUGAAUCAUUCACUUCAACAAAGAGUCCUGCAAGAAGACAGGCUAAGCUGACCACAAUAAGAAAGAAGAGCCAGCUCCCAUCUCUGUCUGAAGAGGGUACAGAACACUUGUUACAAGCUACUGAUAACACUGCAGGCUUGCAGUCCACAGACACAACGAAACUGAGACUUGGAGAAACAGGGAGAAUUUUGCCACAGCAUGGUACUCAUACUAAAAGGAGAUACAGGAAGAAAAGUGAAAAUGAGAGCCUCUCUCUGGAUGAGACCUUUUAUUUUUCACCACCUCUAACAAAGCUCACAGAAAAAACUAAAGGUGAAAAACCAGUGACGCCUGUGCAGCUCAAAGGUUUAGAUACAGACUUGGCUUCUCAGUUUGUCUUCUCGCCUCCUGUUUUGAGAUCCAGGAAGAGACAAAUUUCCAGUAUUUCACGGAUCGUGGAAGAGUUAGAAUUGCCAAUUAAAAAGGAAAAGGAUGCCAUCUCGAUAGAAGCAUUAGAAAAGCCAAAAGUAAAAAGAGGCAGAAAAACAACAAAAACAAGCAAAGGUCUAGGAAAAGACAGUAGUUGGUCUCCACCCCCAAUGGAAAUAAAGUUCAUCUCUCCUUUUGGUACCCCAGUAGAUGGAUCAAAGAGCAAACCAAGAGAAUCUGUGGACAAAGCAGAGAGGUCUGAUCAGAAGACUGUUUGUAAGAAAGAGAAGAGACUGUCUAGCUAUCCAAAGCCAGUUGUUCGGAAGAAGAUGCUAUAACUGUUUUUAAAAGUGUGCAUUGUACAUCAGUAUUUGUAAAGUCAUCAUAGUUGUGUGGCAUAUUAAGGAAUAAUCAUCUAAUCUGGAGGAUAAUUUAUAUAAAUUAUUGUAAAAAUUCAGUAAGGUCUUCAAUAAGUAACUCCAUGUGGAGUGUGAUUUCUUCAGUCAAUGCAGUUUUUCUAUUUUAUAAGACACUUCAUACAUUUAUAUAAUAUGUAAAUACAUCUUAUUUUAGGAAUGUUAAAUAAAAAUGUAUACUUAACAACAAUUAUUGUCCACUAGAUUUUUGAAAGAGAAUGGUGGUGCGUGGUGCAAACAACUCAGAGAUGGUUUUAAUGAUGGCUUGCCACUGUUGGUUCCUCUCUAAUGGGAGGCUAACAUUUUUUUAAAGAUAGUUUGCUCUUGUAAUGUUUUUAAAAAUUAAAAUGUGACCAUUUUAGGGGUUUAUAGAAAAUGUUUUGACCUUUUGGAAAUUGGUAAUGGGGGUUCUCCAUUAGAAACAAACCUUACUCUCUUGAUCAAAUAUGUACUUUAUUGAAGUAAGAAUGUAAAAUAUUGUAUUGAAGCUGUGCAAUAUUUUUUUUGUAUUUGUCUUAACUUGGAAAAGCUGCUCUUCAGUUUAUAAAACGAAAUCUCG